GUCAGUCAAGCAUAGUUUAACUUGGACGACCGAGCAAGUGCCUCACGAUGGCUCAUCUAUUCAAUACGGUCGUUGCCGUCACGGCGCUCAUAAGCCCGGCCCUUGCUGCAACUCGGUCCUAUACGCCAGUAGCCCGGCAAGCCAGCAGCGGCAAUGUCGUCAGCUCAAAUGUAUUGACCCUGAAGAAGAGCACCAACGCGGCUAGGUCUGCUCAGUACCUCAGGUCUACGCGCAACGUCGUCGCCAACUCCAGCUAUGCGUACGAGCAUACGGACAACCUGUUGUCGGAUGAAUACAUUGCCGAGAUUGAGUGGGCGGGCGUACCAGUUGAGGUCAUCAUUGACACUGGUUCGAGUGAUACAUGGCUGGUGCAAGCCGGAUUCACUUGUGUGGAUGAAGACGGCAAUGUCCAGGAGGAGGCGGAUUGCUACUUCGGCCCGACCUUCAACGGCACUUUCGAUGAGGGCUCGAUUGCGGAUGAGAAUUUCAACAUUGAAUACGGCGAUGGCGAGUUCCUGACAGGCGUCUUCGGCUACGAAAACGUCACCGUUGCCGGUAUCACGGUCGAUCAUCAGCAAGUGGCCUUGGUCAACUAUUCCUACUGGUUUGGCGACAGCGUGACCAGCGGCCUGAUGGGUCUGGCCUACCCUCUGCUCACCAGUGCUUACGAGGGAUCGGACCCCGACGCCGACUCUCUGGAGACCCAGGUCGAAUACAACUCCAUUAUUACGACUAUGAUCAACGAGAGCCUCAUCGACCCUGUUUUCAGCUUGGCCCUGGAGCGUAACUCCGACGGUGGUUAUCUUGCAUUUGGUGGCCUACCUCCAGUUAACUACACUGGAUCCUUUGCGACCACGCCAAUUUUGAUGAUCGAGGUUUACGACGAACCUGAGAUGGCGACUCAGUACAGCUUCUACACUAUUAUCGCCGACGCGUAUAUCUACGAAGGGUCGAGCAACCAAACCGAUGCACUUGCUGAGUCCUGGAGCGAGGCAUAUGCACCAGAGACUGUCAAUACCACCCAGUUUCCCAUCAUUGUUGACAGCGGCACAACUCUGUUGUACCUGCCAACUGAACUGUACGAUGAUAUAGCGGCUCUGUAUGAUCCCGCUGUGGUGUACAUCGAUGAUCAGGGUGCUUCCUUUGCACCAUGCGACGCCAGCGUGCCGUAUUUGGGUGUUCAAAUCAAUGGCACUGUCUUCGAUAUCAGCGAAGCAGAUAUGCUGAUGCAAGAGUACACGGUUGAGCUGUCCGGCACGGAGUACUGCUUGAUUGGACCUCAGGAUGGUGGCUCCGAGGGCCCGUACAUUCUCGGCGACACAUUCCUGAACAACGUCAUCGCGGUGUUUGAUGUUGGCGCGAGUGAGAUUCGGUUCGCGGAGCAUGUGUACUAGGCCACGACAUCUUGAAGGCUUCCCAAGAAUAAUGGAUGUAGGAUGAAUAUGGAUAAGGAGUCCACAGUCUUGUACAUAGGGUCUAAAUCAAGUAUCAAGCACAUCAUGGAGGAGAAACAGCUUUGGGCCGAAUCUCCGAGGUGUGUCUGGGCCUUGCAAAAAGUCCUUGACCGCCUCAAUUCCGUAGCCGAGAGUCAUUUCUUUAACCCGAUGAUCACCUA